CAUCAGUGAUGUUGCAGUUGGAGUGAAGAGAGGAUCAGAUGAGCUGAGUAUGUACAACAGUCCCACCUCUGGCAUGAGCAGUAUCAGUGAUGGGGCUUCCAAUGGAAGUGACAGUAAAAAGCUGAGGGUGGAGGAGGCCCCACCAUCUCGCGUGCUCCACAUCAGGAAACUACCCAAUGAGGCCUCAGAGACCGAAGUCAUCGCUCUUGGCUUGCCUUUUGGCAAAGUCACCAAUAUCCUCACGCUGAAGGGAAAGAACCAGGCGUUCUUGGAGAUGGGGACAGAGGAGGCGGCCAUCACUAUGGUUAACUACUACACCACUGUAACUCCUCAUGUCCGCAAUGUCCCUGUCUUUAUUCAGUACUCCAAUCACAAAGAACUGAAAACUGAUGCUGGCAAUCAGCGGACCCAGGCGGUGCUUCAGGCAGUGUCAGCGGUCCAGUCUGGUGGGUCGCCAAGCUCAGAUGUACAGGAGGCCCUCGCUGCAGCCUCAAGUCCGGUGUUGCGCAUCAUCAUCGACAACAUGUUCUACCCUGUGACGCUGGACGUACUGCAACAGAUUUUCUCCAAGUUCGGCACAGUCAUGAAGAUAAUCACAUUCACCAAGAACAAUCAGUUCCAGGCCCUGCUGCAGUUCAGUGACCCCGUCAAUGCACAGCAGGCUAAACUGGCGCUGGACGGCCAGAACAUCUACAAUUCAUGUUGCACACUGCGUAUCGACUUCUCCAAGCUGGUCAACCUAAAUGUCAAGUACAACAACGAUAAGAGUCGUGACUACACGCGACCCGAGCUGCCUGCUGGGGACGGCCAGCCCAGCAUUGACCCCUCGGUGGCAGCCGCCUUCAGCAAAGACUCCAACUCCCUCCUCGGUAAGAUCCCAGGAGCCCUGAACCCUCUGAGCGCGGCAGCGGCGGCUGCUGCUGCUGCAGGGAGGGUGGCUCUGGCUGGACAGGCAGGGUCCAGCGGGGUCCUGCUGGUCAGCAACCUCAACGAGGAGGCAAGAUGUGACCGAGGAUGACCUACGGCUGCUCUUCUCCAACGCUGGAGGCACUGUGAAAGCAUUCAAGUUCUUCCAGGAUCGUAAAAUGGCUCUGAUCCAGAUGUCAACAGUGGAGGAGGCCAUCCAGGCCUUGAUUGACCUCCACAACUACAACAUGGGAGGCAACCAGCACUUGAGAGUCUCCUUCUCCAAGUCCACCAUCUAAACUACUGACAGUGCCACGGUCUACUGUCAGAAACCUUUCGAGACUGUGUCUGGACACUGGGGAGCAGGGGGGACCACAUUGAUUGAAUCAGUUCUGUUGUUCGGGUUUUGUUGAUCCUGUCAUUCCUUGAGAGAGACUGAAACCUUUGACUUGCAUCCUUUUUUAAAGAGAACAAUUGAGUAUGUUGCAGAUACUGGAUCCUCCCAGCUAUUCUUACCUGUACCUCUGUAUUUUCUAUGUCAAACAAAACAUUGACAUGAACGAUUGUCCCCCUGUAUGAUAACUUGAUGUAGAUCAGUGUUUAAUUCUUGAUUUAGUUGAAAAGAUACAGUAAUUAUGUGCCUUACUUGACAAUAUCAACUGUUUCUACAGCUGGACAUGUUCAUUAAUUACCCUCGUAUGCUUUUGAGGCACAUGGAUAUUUUUGGAGGUCGGUGAGAGUCAUUAUUACAGUUUUUGAAGUCAACCAAGCGUAGCUUUUUUUGUUGUGUUUUAAGAGUUUUAGAUUCAUGACACUUUUCCUUUUGAGUUCAGGAGAGGAUAUUCUUGAGGCAACAUGUAAGUUUCUACAGCAGCCUGCGACAGGCAGUUUAACUUGAAUUCCAUUAUUCCACAAGUUACGUUUCAGUGCUAGGUUGUUCUGCCCCAGCUUGAUUUCACACACCGUCACAUAUCCCAAUGUGGCUCGUGGCUUAAGUAUUUCUUUAUCUGUGUUUUUUGAAGCCUUUCUCCCCCCCACCCCCCAUAGCAGUGAGGUGUAAUUGUCAGUGACAAUGUUUGUUUUUUUUUCUAAGCAUGUAUAGCUGUGAUAGGACGUCACAUCAGAAAGUGUUGCAUGCUGUGGAAGCAGUUUGAAGAUUGAGUCCACUGUGAUUUUAUUUUCAUGUGACAGUUUACUCGAGAGGGCUACUCAGUUGGACCAAAGUUUCUGUGCCUUUAGUGUUCCUUUAAUUAAUUUUAACAAGAAAAAAACAAGCAUUUGAAAAUACUGAAAUGACACAUUUCAGGGAAGAAUGCACAGAAUUUUAAGUGUCAAGUUUAUUCCCAUUUCUUAUAUACCCGACCUCUUGACCCCGAGGUGCUCAGAAAUAAUAGUUCUGUAUAUUUUUUUCUUCCAAGUCCAAUUUUAUACAGCUCAAAAUGUAAGGAUUUGGUAUAGGUCUGAAGAGGCACAAUUAAAGGCUGAAUUAUUUUCUAACAAAAGGGAGGUGUGACUUGGUUUCCUGCUUUUUUUUUUUUUAGUUUUCCCUCAUGGUCUCUCUCGUGUAUUCUGCAUUACUUCUGUAGCAUGCCUAAUAAAACUGUUCUGUAGCUCUGCGUU